AUGUCACCGGCAACAUCCUGGCUCACUUUUUCUCAAAAUUUUGCCCGCCUACUAGAAGAUACCGAAGGUCACGAUCUACUAAUAACCGUUGGUCAAGAACCAUUAGUGAAAUCUUUUAAAGCUCAUUCGGUCAUUCUUCGAGCGCAUUCACCCUACUUUCACCGAGCAUUGUCGAAAGAGUGGGCGCGCACUGAAGAUGGUCAAAUGGUGUUUUACAAACCCAACGUUUCUCCAUCGAUUUUUAGGGUCAUACUUAAGUAUUUAUAUACAGGAGUAAUAAGCGUCGAGGACAAGGAAGGUGGAUUCCUAUUGAGCUUGCUAACUGCUGCUGACGAACUGAUCCUUCCUGAACUGAUCUCCGAAAUUCAGGGAUUUCUUAUUGAGACCCAAUCCAUCUGGAUUCAAGAAAACUUUUAUUAUGUUCUCGAUUUCGCCUUUACCAACGACACCUACUCUACCCUUCAAACCUAUUGUAUGGAUUCCAUUUGCGCCGAUCCUCAUAUGCUCUUCAGUUCUGACUAUUUUUAUUGCUUGGAUAAUAAAAUUUUACGCUCGUUACUGAAAAGGGAUGAUUUGGCAAUCGAGGAAGUUGAUCUUUGGAACUACUUAAUUAAAUGGGCACUAGCUCAAAAUCCACCCUUCGUUACCACUGAUCCUGAAAAUCCAAAAAAUUGGUCUCCAGGGUAUUUUGCAACCUUUAAAAAAUUGGUGGACGGAUGUACCUCACUCAUCCGAUUCACCUCCAUGACACCUGAGCAAUUUCGUGAGAGAGUGUGGCCAUUUCAUGAGUUGCUCCCUAGGGAACUCUGUGACACCAUCAUGGAUGGGUAUACCCAACAGGCUUUGCAGAAACAAUGUGGGGGACAGGAGAAGACAAUUAUGCUAAUGAAGAUUAAGUCGACAGAAGAAAUUUUUGGAAUGUACAUUUCUAGUGUAUGGAACGGCGGUAACUCGAGGACACAUGAUAGUUUGAUGUUUUCGUUCGGAGAAGGAAGGGAUACACGUGAGCCGGUGAUUAGUCGGAUAAGGACCGGCGGGUACGAGUUGGCGCUGGAUCGGGGGCGGAAGAGGGGAAUGGAAGAGUUAGAAGUAUUUAAGAUUUCGCCAAAGACGGUGUUCAUGUUAUAA